AUGACGUGGGUGACAUUUAUUGUUGGCGAAAAAAAGGUGACAGCCUUUUCAGGUAAAGUUGCCGCUCGUCGUCGCUUCUGUCCGGGCGCAGCCGGCCAGCAGCCACUACUUCAACGCGCGGAGGUCACCUUAUUUCCUGUUCAAGAACAAGCAUCACAGGAGAGGUUCCAGGAGAUCAAAUCGAAGACGUCGUGGAAGUUUCGGUUGGCUCAAAACUUGACCCCUGGCAUGAGAUCACGGUCGCAGGUGCGCACGCACCCGUGUUGGCCAGUCGUGUUUUUGCCGCCUCGGCUGCAGCCGGCGAAUUCAAUGAACUCAACUUACGCCAUUAACAUCGAGAAAAGACCGUUCACCGAAGCACUUGACCUCGUAUCAACAGGCGCGUGCUAUCUGGUCGUCAAAAAGAGCAGUCCUUCGUAA